AUGGAUGAUUUUGGUGAUAAUUUUGUUCAACCCGAAGUGGACCCUGCAGCCGAAUUUUUAGCUCGUGAACAGAAUCAGCUCGCAGGUCUAGAAGAUGACCUGGAAACAAGUGCACCGCCCCCUGUUGCGACGAGUUUAGCUUCAAAUGGACUUGACGAUUUCGUGGAAGUACCAAGUGCUGCAGCUUUUGACGCGAAUGGUUUGAUGGAUGAUGAACCCACUGUAGCUCCAGCCGCAACCCCUGUAGUUUCGGUAUUUAAACAAGAAAGAGAAGAGCCCGAAAAAAUCAAACUCUGGAGGGAAGAACAAAAAAAGAGACUAGAGGAGAAAGAUGCUGAAGAAGAGAUGAAGAAGCAAGAAAUGCUAAAAGUGGCGAAAAAGGAACUAGAAGAUUGGUACAAGACACAUGAAGAACAGAUAUCAAAAACCAAAGCUGCUAAUAGGUAA